AUUCACCUGUACUGUGGUCUUACAGAAGGAGAAGCAAUGACGAUUUCCAACCUGCACAAUGGAUCACAGACUUCCCUUAAACCAACAUUUCAGGAUAAUGUUUACCAGGCAUUAAAAAUGAAAGAUUCAACAGACUUGUCAGCAAAUGUUGCUCAAAUGUUGGGUGAAAUAGAAAUGAAGGAAAUUGCAAAAGAAAGUGUGGGAACUGUAGUAAGUGUUGCCCGUUAUGGGCAAGAAAACAUCAAAGUAUUCAACCUACUGGUUAAAAAAUUCCAACAAAAGAAUGGAAUUUUUAUAAGUAUUCCCCAAGCUUUGUUUGAGGAGUUGCAAGGUAUUAAAGACUUGAAACGAACAAGCUUUUUACAAGAGGCACUGAACACCUCACUAAAAGAUUCUACCUCAAAAGUCAAAACUGCCAAAGAGAAAAAGAAACUAGAAGAGUGUAUGCUAAAUAUAACAAAGAGCAAUACAAUGAACCAGUGUAGAGAUAUAUAUCCUGAUCACUGUGAUGGCAUACACAGAUUUUUAGAUUUAGAUAUUACAAAAAAUUGUAUUCCAUCAUCAUUUGUUAGUAACUGCCAGGAAGCCGUGGACACAGCGGAUCUGGACACAGCAAUUCCUGAAGAUUUCAGUCCAGAAAUUAACAUUAACAUUAAUCUAAACAUGCUAAAUGGAACCAAUAUUUCAAACAAUACAAUUGUAAAAAAUAUCAUCAAUCAUAUAAAGAAACAUACACUUAAACAAUUGAGUAAAAAAAUUUUUAUUUUGGAAUCCAUUGUUGAUAAAAAUGAUAUAUGUGAUAGUGAUAAUAAUGAUAUUUGUGAUAGUUAUACUGAUGAUAUUUGUGAUAGUGAUAAUCAUGAUAAUACUGCAGAUGAUUCUGGAUUUCCAGAUACCUCUGAAAUGAUUAAUAGCACGUUUGACACUGACAUUGAUUUAAAUAGUACAUGUACAGAAAGUAAUGCUGAAACCCAGCAACCUGAAAACUCUAGUAUUGUGUCUCAGGACUUAUUUGUCGAUUGACAUUUUUUACCUUUAAGGAUAUACUUAGGUGAGGUAUUGGAAUAAGUGUUAGAACUCCUUGAUGUAUUUCCAAAUGAUACAAGGUAAAAUGUUUUGCCCCAUAACACUUAUAUGACCAAUUUAUCAUUUAACAUAAGACUUUAUAGCUCAUAAAAGAUCAUUUGACAAAAUUUGAGCAGAUUCUUGAUUUUCUUUCUUUUGAUUUGAGACCAAAACAAUACCAAUGCAAACCUGAGGUAAAAGUCCAAUUCAGCCUUUUCAAGCCAAUUUUAUAAAUCAAACAUUUUGAAAAAAGAGCUCCAGGACCUGUCAUUAUUUUUAGCUUAUUUUGAUCCUGAACUGAUACUCUUCCAGCUUAAGAUAUCAAAUUUAAAUUCUUGAUUUAUGUAACUUUACAUUAGAUUGCCUCAGUACAUUUGUACAUCCUAAACAAAAUUAUUAAUCAAUUAACUGAAUCAUGAAUAAGA